GAACAGAAUUUGCGAAUACGUUUCUCUUGCGAAUAAAUUCAAGAAUAGAGCCCCAGAAUAGUUGCAAGCCAAGGUGUGAAUUCGCCCUUAAAAAAACAUUUCUAUCCGCAAACGCAUAUCUCACAUUGGCGCUCGCGUCACCAUGUGCACGCCUCGUUUGAAAUUCGUGGCGGUGAAGUGAGGUUAAGAGGUACUUUUUGGAAGAUUGGAAAAUUCUCUAAUUUGAAAGAUACGAAAAUUUAACGGGAAAUAUUACCAUGGAGAUUGAAUCCGUUAAGAAGAAUCGUCUCAAAAUGAAGUCGAAGGACAAACCCGUGGUGAGCGUGAAUAAAGACGAGGCCCAGAUACAGAUACGUUUUGUAACUAAGCAGCAGCGGUAUGCAGUACCGGAUUAUCCUCUAUCAGUCCACAGCUCGAUAAUCACCGAUGAAUUAAAUACUUUGAUAAAUGAACUUCUGAGAGAGUCGAACGAGAUUCAGGAUCAAGUAGAGUGUGAUUUCCUGGUCUGCUCACAGUUCUUGCGCACUUCUUUGAUUGAACACAUUACCGAAAGAGGAAUAUCUACGGAGGAGGUGAUAGAUGUGGAGUAUGUAGAAAAACAUCCUUCACCAGAACCAAAGGAUUGUCUAAUACAUGAUGACUGGGUGUCAGCCGUUGCUGUUUGUGGCAAAUGGAUCCUGACUGGUUCUUAUGAUAAUAUGCUGCACCUUUGGACGUUGAAAGGUAAGCAUCAUCUUGCGAUUCCUGGACAUGUAUCUCCCGUUAGAGCAGUGGCCUGGAUAUCUCUCAAUGAUGAGACUGCUUCUUUCGUUAGUGCAUCGAUGGAUCAAACAUGCAUGAUAUGGAGCUGGGAUAUAACAAAAAAUUCUGUAGAAUGCGUACAUGUCUGCAAGGGACAUAGAAGAAGCAUUGAGGCAGUCAGCGUUAAUUAUGAUAAAACGUUAAUGGCGACUGGCGCUUGGGAUAAUAUGCUGUAUAUAUGGUCAACAUCUACGCAAGAGGAAGAUGAUGAUGGAGAAUCCGCAUCGAAAAGAGCAAGGUCAGAAUAUGCAGGUAAAACAAAGACACCAAAAUCUGCAAUGAAAGGACACAAGCAGGCAAUUAGCGGGAUUGUAUGGUCUGACAAAACAGAAAUUAUCACAGGCUCGUGGGAUCACACUAUAAAGACCUGGGAUACCGAAUUAAAUGGCAUCAAACAGGAAAUUCAUGGCGACAAAUGUUUUUUUGAUAUCGAUUACUCACCGCUAUCGCGUGUCGUAAUAGCGGGAUCGGCCGAUCAACAUGUGAGACUCUAUGACCCGAGAUCUACAGAAGGUACAAUUGUGAAGGCCAGAUUCACCUCUCAUACACAAUGGGUAGUAUCAGUACGCUGGUCGACUGUGAACGAGAAUCUCUUUAUCUCAGGAGCAUACGAUAAUAUCGUCAAACUGUGGGACACUAGAAGCCCGAAAGCACCGCUAUUUGAUCUCCUGGGGCACGAAGAUAAAGUCCUCAGCUGCGACUGGUCGAAUCCUGAGUUGAUAAUGUCUGGCGGUGCGGACAAUACACUAAGAAUAUUCAAAUCCAAUCAUGUAGAGUGUUAAUUACAAACGCGAUACGAUUAGAAUUUAUUAUAUAUAUAUAUAUAUAUAUAUAUAUAUAUAUAUAUACACACACACACAUAUAUAAAACAGUAUGCGUAAUAGAUAACGAAACUUUUGUUUCGUAAGAUAAUACGCAUGAAUUUGUUAUAAUAGUUAAUGACUUUUUAAAAAAUAGAAUAUUACCUAAAAGGUCCCAAUCUUUAAUGGUAACCAUGCAUUUUUAUUCCACAUCUGAGAAUUUUUGUGCCCAUUUUGAAUAAGCUUUUUAUAUAGAUAUUUGAAAGCGAAUUUUGCAUAUACGAAUCUAUCGAGAAAUCGUAAUCUAUAUUCAGCCACAUUAUACAACAAUUCAACUCUUGUAAUAAUAAAAAUAAAAAAUAUAUCUGUUAAGAAAAAAUGCUUCUCUUUUGUUUCUGGAUUGGCACAGCUGCUAUCUUUUCCUUUUUUUUCUGAAGCUUCUUCACGCGCCAGAUGGGUGAGGUAAAAGUCGUGUCGCUCGGCAUAAAUCCCCAAAAACAGAUCGUUUAUUGAUCAAAAAUAAGGGAUGAUAAUCGUGACGAAUCUGGGAAGUCGCUUUUCCCGCGCAUCGCGAAUUAUUUAAUUAUUUACCAAACCGUUUCUUUUUCAUUACUCGUAAGUAACUCUAAAAAGACCACCGGUUCAAGUGCACGUCCCUAUAAACACACGUAGGGUGUUACGCGGUAAUAAUACAGGAGCAGCAGAGAGCAUGCACACACAUUCUCUCCGCAAUAGCGCACGCACACUUCUUUUCUCGUUUUCUGAUUUUUGUGUGUGUGUAUGUGUGUGUGUGUGUCUUGUAAGCAUGUGCUGCGUGUAAAAUAGGCAGAUGACGAUUCUUCGAGAGUGUAUCUUCUUUUUCUUCGAAGUUAGUACACCUACGUACACACAUGCGCACACUUUUCCUCUCGCUCCGUACACUUUCGUCGGCCCCUCUUUCUCUCUCGUCGCACGAUUGUUUUUUUAAAAUUAUUUUUCCUUUUUUUCUUCUUUUUUUUUAUUUGUUUAUUCUCCGAAGACCCUAUCUAAAAAAAACCCCACAUUACUAUCUUUCGUUCUCUCUCUCUCGCUCUCUCACACACAAAGACUAGCGUUUUUUUUAAACGAUCCAAAAUAAACUAAGGGCACUUUUUAGUGGCUUAUGCCCCUUGUGUUGUCGACGUCGCGUGUGUUUCUUUUUUUUUUUUCAUUACGUUCCUCUUAUCCCAAGCUGUUUUCAUCCUUUUUUUUAAAUUUUUUAAAUUUACUUUAUUCAUGAAAAAUCUAAUUCUGACUUGUUUCUUGUGUUAAACUUUGUUUUAUUACAGCACCUAUUCGACUUCCUAAGAGUCUCCCUAGAUCUCUUAACUAACUAUGACACAACUUGCCUUAACGUCUAAAGAUUUUUUUUCUUCACAUUACAUACUAAAACGCCUUCUUUUCGCCUUAAAAGUACUCUCGAAAUUCUACAAAUUGAUCCUCGCGCGCGGAUUUAAAAAGAGACCUCGGUGUCCGACAUCGUUCCCCCUUUUUAUCUGCUUUUUUUUUUCUCUUUCUCUCUCGUUGAUCUUGGAAAGAAGGUAAGCGGUACGUACGGGGUACGUGUCUCUCGUUCCGUCGUAAAAUUACAUUACAAAUUUCCGCCUUCCUUCAUCAGUUCGUUCGCUGUCGAACACGAAGGAUAGUAGCGGAGUACAAAUGCAAAAAGAAAGGACGGGAGGAGGGAGAGCACGGAGAUACAUCGGGGGAGGAAGAGAAGGAAGAAUGGAGGAAGAGAAACCCAAGAUGUCUCGAGUAAUUACAGCUAAGUCGCUUAACAAACACGUGUAAAACAAUGACUUAAAAACUUGGAAAGCUAAGGACUGUACAAGUCGAAGUACAAGACGAUGAUCUAGUCACCUCGAACCUCGCUUUAUCGCUAAUUCAUUCUCUCUCUCUUUCGCUUUCUCCCUAUCUUCUAUCACACAUGCAAACACGCGUUUCCGCUUUCACUCUCUUAAGCCGAUUUCGACUAAAAUUAUUUUACUCUUAAAAACAUCCUAUAUUUUUUUCGUCUUGCUUCUCGCUCAAUCAGUUUCUCGCUUCUUUUCGUCUCCGUUUUCUACAAUCAGCCUAUCAACUACGGUACGCCUAAUCUAAAAAAUGUCUAAACGCGAAAAACUCUAGAGAAAGCUUACGGAAAGCAGCAUUGUCCGCAGCGGCAAGAACCACCUUCCUUGCCAGAAACUUGUUGGCGCGGCCGGGUUGCGGAAGUUCGAGAGAGCCCCCGCGGCGAAAGGGUUCUUCGCGUUAGAGGCAAAGAAUCGCAUAGGAGAAAAAAUUCGUAUGAUUUUUUGCGUCUGACGUUUGCGCCCACGUGGAUUCAACGUGGAGGCACCCUCCUUCGUCUCUCCCGAGCGACCGGAGUCGGGGGAGGAAUCGUUUCCGUGCGCUUCCAGUCCUCGGAUUGGAGGGGGAGAGGAGGGAUGAGACCCCGCCGCGGAAAUCCCACGAGCCCCCGCGCUCUAUCGAUGAGUUCAAGAACCCACAUCCGGCCAGCCCACGCACCCGACCCGCGGUGCGCAGCAAGCAAAUAGUUCCUUACUAUUUAUACAAUUAUACAAGUUCAUAUAUAUAUAUUUAUGUUGUAGAAUAAUAUAUAUAUAUUUAUCAAUAUGAAUAGCCAGUCAGUCUUGACGGGUGCGAGGUGCAUAGGCUGAACGGUGCCCCACGCCCGUGCCCCCCGUGCCCGCGACAACACACAGAGGGAGGAUAGGGGACACGGGGGAUGAGAGGCAUAUAUUCAUAUCCUAACUACUAUCGUAACUAAACUAUUGUUCUACCUAUCUACGUCUAUUUAUAAACUUAGCCGCUUCUUAAUCCAAUAAAAGAUCGCCCCCUCUUUUCUAUUAUCUCCUAAUUCGAGCAAGCGCGCGCUUGCUCACUCGUCGCGCUUAGCCUACGGUUUUUUUUUUAAAUCAAGUUCAACUCUACCUAAUGCGAAAAACACGUCGCCGCAAGAAAAAAAAAAGACGCGUCUCUGCGCGUUCUCUGUACAUAAUAACUAUGCUCUCGCUCGCGAUCGCUUUCUCUCUCUCUAUCUUUCUCUGUUCCGGCUACCCUACAUUUCCGGUCAUUCUCGUGGAAUCUUUUUGCCCGUAUCCGGGGGACAAAACUGAACGCGCGGCAGAUCGCGUCCGCCGUUCCUGUCCCCCUUUUUUUCUUCUCCUUCUCUCGUUCCCUGAACCAGUCGGCGCAACUAUUACUGCUGCUGUUGCUCGCUUUUCACCCUCUUCCCUUUUUCUCGUUUGGUCAGUCACGAUAAUUACUUUAGUUACUUUUUUUUAGUGUAUACAAGUCUCUAUUUAGUAAAAUUCUCAAAAUUUACUAUUAAAAUCACAUAUGGAUUUUUUUUGUCAGUCAAGUGGUGACAAUCUCGCCUUGUGCAACAAAUACACAAUAUCGCUAACAAGUGCUCUUCUUUCUCUCCCUUUUUCGCACUUUCCUCUCAGCUUUCCAUCUUUCACUCACUUUCUCUCUCGCACUCCUUUUCAUACACAAUCUCUUUUGCACUCAAUCAUUCUUCCUUUCAUCCUCUGCGUUCCCCUUUUUUUUACUUUUUACCUUAAUGCGUGGACUCAAAUCGAGUAAUAAAAUCUGUCUCUUAAAAAAUAGCUCGUACUUCGCCUUUUUACCUCUUUGCGCUUGACUUUUUUUUCUUUUUUCUCCGUCAAUUUAACUCUCUCGUUCUCUCUAUUUCUCACUCUCAUUCUCUCGUCAUCGUGAUGUACCAAAAUAAACUAAAUAUAUUAUUUACUUCAAGUCUCAACAGUGUAAAAAUCUUUCAUACGUUUAGAUGACGUCAAUAAUAGUAAAUCGUUAAUUAUAAUAAUACAGCAUUAUUAUUGUAUUAUAAUAAUAACUACGCGACUCGUCUCUCUCUUUCUUUCUCAUCGCUAAAACUCUAUCUAACUACCUGCUCGCUGCCAUUUCUUCAUCUUUCGUCAAUUCAAUUUCUCGUGUCGCGCGAGUAGUCCGCAAUUCUCGCGUAUUUUUGGUAAAAAGCUUUCUUACACUCUCUCCCUCUCUAUCGCUCCUUCACUCGAUUCUCAACUAUCAAUCCUAAGUUGGACAACGCGAAACUCCGUCGGAUGCACGAAUAAUGAUAAUGAUAAUGAUAAUGAUAGUGGUGAUAGUGAUGAUGAUAGUGAUGGUGAUGAUGGUAGUGAUAAUGAUGGUGAUGAUGAUGGUAGAUAUGGGAGAAGAGACAUUCAGAAGAAGAGGAAGAGAUGGAGAUUUCGUUGGAUUCGCAGGUUUCAACGUGAAGAAUAAUCAAGACUCAAACGGGGCUCAACACGAAGGUAUUUAAUAAAUUCAAGUAAUAUAAGCGUUUGCUUUUGCAAAAUUCCAAAUUCUUGAGAAAAUAUACUCAUCUCGGUAAAUACAAUUAUCCGCGCGAUCGCAAAGACGCUCAAGAAGAAGUUUCAAUCUUCCUCAAUCGAAUUUUCCAUUUGAUCAUGCAGACGAAUACUUAUUUUAUUUACAACCGUCAAUUUCGACAUCUCGAAAGAUGACAGAGUGUCGUCUCGAUUACUCUCCCCUCGAUCUGUUUGUACGCGCGUGUAUCUGCGUGUAUGUGCGUGUAUGACGUGUACAUAUGUGUACAUGUAGAUCGAUGCAUCUUUGCGUUUUUUAUCUUCCAUUUAUCCUUUCUCGGCAGUAUAUAUAUAUAUAUAUAUAUAUAUAUAUAUAUAUAUAUAUAACGCGUUCCUUCGAUAAAAUAAAUUAAUUUACAUUCUAGUUUCUCAUCGUGUAACAAACCUACUUUUCUUUAUUUUUUUUUAAAUCUCUUUCUCUCUAUUUCAGACACAUUUUCAAACAUCCUUUCUUUCUCUCUUUCUCUCUCUCACUCAUUCGUUCUUUUUCUCUCUCUUAUCUUGCAUUCUGUUUCUCGACUUGUCGCGAUUUGAUUUUCCUACAUUUUCUUUUUUUCCAUUAUUAUUAUAAUAUAUUACGGACUGCUUUUGUGUUCUGUAUGUGGAUGUCUAUUUUAUUUUCUCUCAUGCAGUCCGACAAUUCCAAUUCGACAAUGUAAUCACGCGUACAAAAUCUAUCAAAUUGACAACGAAAACAAAUGUAUAGAGAUAUUUAACACAAAAACAAUUACAGAUAUAUUAAUUAGAAAAUUAAGAUUUGACUCCGCAUCUGAGUUUAACGAUGCGUAAAAAUAUAUAUUAUAACAAUUUUCUCCUGCGUAUAUAUAUAUCUUUCUCUCUCCCUUUCUUUCGUUCAACGGAUCUAUGUGAAAAGGCACGAUUCUAAAAAAAAUAUCUGUAUUCACUGUACAAUUAAAAAUUGAUAUCGAUCCGUAUCUAACUCGUAAUCAUCAUAAAUAUAACAUUCUAAAAAGUACUGUUCCAUUUUUUCUUUCCGUCUUUCGUACAGUAAUUAUACGUAGAUCCUGAAAAUUGCAUUCCUUCCCUUGCCCCUAUUUUAGAAAUAAAUCUUACCGUCGUAUUUUUUCCUGAUUUAUCUCUGAAAUUUAAUCUAUAAAAGUUCAUUGUCGUUAAAAAAAAAAAACAAAAACAAAAAAAAAA